UAUUGAAUUUUCUUUCCCCACAGACUGGACGUUACCAUAGCAGCUUUUCUCCUUAUUUCAUUUGUUGAAAAUCAUUUAAAACCCUCACGUACGUGAGUAUCAAUAAUAUACGGUAGGAAUGGCUGAUGUCAGACUCCUUAUUCAAGAAGAAGGUCGUUCAGCCCGCAAUUUGAUAGCAUUCAACGUCCCAGUUGUCUCAAAUAACAGUGAAAAGGUCCUUCGUAAACCACCAAGCAUUCCAAAAAUCUCUCAGCCAACACCGACCAAAAGAUGUUCAAAGCCAACAACCAGAGUAAGAUCAGCGUCAACAGGAAGAGAUAAAAAAUCUGAACUUCAGGCCAGAUACUGGGCCUUCCUUUUCGGCAAUCUUCAGCGUGCGGUAGAUGGAAUAUACCAGACAUGUGAGGAGGAUGAGAGCAUAUCCGAGUGUAAGGAGGUGAUACUAGUCCUUGAAAAUUACACCCGUGAUUUUCACAAUCUGAUAGAAUGGUUCAAAGUGAAAUGGGCCUACGAGAGCACUCAGCCUCCACUAAGGCGUGUGCCGCUAGCUUGGGAGGUCAGAAAAACUUCUCCCGGCAGAGCUUGGGGGUCGUCGGGAACACAGAAAUCGAUCAGCCCUGUCCAAAGGUCGAGUCCUACAGGAUCAUCCUGCAAGAGUCCAGUCGAUCAAACGAUUAUUGAAGACAAAGUAAUCGUCACUGAUAUACCGGCUAAAGUCACACCGAUCAAGGAUCAAGAAUCUGGUCUUAACAGGCCUGGGAAAGAUUUGCGAAACACUUCUGAAAGUGUUUUAAAAAACGAGGUAAAGUCCUUCAAAGACAAGUCCAAAAAUCUUAACGAAAAGGUUUUGGAGCCAGUUCAGAAUAAGGGGAAAUCGUCUCCUUUGAAAUUAAUUGCCUCCAAAACUCCCUCCAAAAGGACAGAGGUGAGAAGUCAUAAUAAGUCUGGUGCAAUAAGCGAAUCGAAAACCCAGGCCGAACUGUCCAAUGGCUGUAAAUCUGUCCCUAAUACAGAAGACGGUAAAAAGUCGACUAGCAAUAAUGCGAUUAUUGAUAAAUUACCGCUGGAAAGUAACGUAAAAAGUAAAUCUAGCGAAGGUGUGGCAGAAGUAAAUGGUGAAGAUAUUUUAGGGGUCGAAAAUGGCAGCGACGUCGUUAAGGAAGCUAAAGACACAGCUUCGACGAAGUCUGAUAACAUAGAUGAGAAGACUGGCGUAAAACACAGCGCAAGCAAAGCUGCGCCUAAAUCUACUAAACCAGUCAGGCCGGCUUAUUCUACUGUCUCGAGGAUGAGACCAGCUACUGCUGCUCCAGUCCAGAAUUUAACCGAAACUCCAAAAAUAGUGAGAAGCAAAACCUCCUUGUGCAUGAAAGGAGGCACAAAUGUUUCACGAGCCAGACCUGGAACAUCCGUUAUUGUUAGAAGGAGAUUGCAGCCUGCUUCUUCGAACAAUACCGUACAAACACAGGAAUUUUCCCGAGGAGAUGAAACGAAGGAACUUGGCGGUUCCGUUGAGGUUUUGACAAAGCAGGGGUCAACAGUUAAGAUGAAAGAUGAGAAGGACGGUUGGCAGACGGUGAGGAGUCGUUACAGACGAGGCAGUACGCACAAUUUGAACAUGUCCACCAGAUUCCAUAAGCCGAGUACCGCGAUGUCCCUGCCGGCAUUGCCCAUGGAAAGUUCUCCACUGGACAAGAGCAAAAAGAGCUGUUCUACUCCGGACGGAGGUCAGAGGGUGAAGAAGAGAUCUAUAAAUGGGAAGACAGGGAAGAAUAUAAUAAACGAAGUUGAGAAAAUAACCAAGGGAGACAGUAAGAGACUGAAGACAAAAUACAGGGGUGAUGAUAGCCAGAAGAAAUCAACUACCUCCCUGGAUUUUAGCGAAAAUGAAAGCAACUCCACGUUGACGAUAGCAGCUAUUUUUAAGAAUGAAGCCGAACUGCUGGAGAGAAGAAUUCAGCAGUUUGUUGAAGCACAGGCUGAAAGAGAACGUGUCAUAUUAGAGGAGGAACAAAAACGAGAAGAAGCCGAUUCUCAGAGGUCCCAGCAACUCUCUGACGAGGAGGCUUUCCUGCAAAGACAAAUACAGGAACUUGAGUCCACUGAAAUUGAUGUCGACACUGAAACGGACGAAACCGACGGUGAAACUGUCCUGGAAACUGAAGGAGACGAGCCUCUGGAAACUUUAAACGAUUCAACUGACGAUAUCAGUCUUGAAGACAGGUAUGAAAACAUGCUUGAGGGAAUGUCUUGGGCUGAAAGAGUCGACACUUUGGCUCAGCUCCAAGCUUUGGUGGCUCGGCAUCCCGGCAGAGCCCUGGAGUUGCACCAAAAACUGUCUUCACCAUCCCGAAAGCGAUCUUUGCCAGAAACGUUGCGUCGUUAUCAAGCUAAGCAAGCUUGCGCGCAGAGAAAACGUCAGAUAUUAUUAAUGGAGAAAUCUCAGCGGCUCAGAGAACUUCUGAACAAAGUUGAGGACGUUAAAAGUGCCAAAAAUCAGUUGAUCGAAGACAAGAGAAUCAGGAUGGAGACCAAGCUGAAGAGAGCUGAAGAAAAUCGGACUCAACAUUUGCUAGAAAUCGUCAGAAAGGCACAUGAUGAGGACUCAAAAUUGAAGGAAAUCGCUUUCAUCAACGAACUUGAGGCGCAAAAUAAACGACACGAUUUCAUGGCACUUUGUCAAGAGCAGGAGGAACGACUGCAGGGUAUCCAGGAAGAACGUCAGCGUCGACAAGAAGAGAAAGCGGCGAAGGAAGCGGCUGCGGAAGAACGUAGACGUGCCUUGGAGGUCGAAAGACAGCUGAGGAUUCAGAAGAUGAGACAAGUUCGUCGAGAACGUGAGGAACGUGUCGGGAAAAUGCAACUGGAAAGAGAAAAGGAGCGACAGGAACUGGCCAGAGAAAAGGCGAGAGAUCGGGAAGAAAGAUUGUCGGCUCUGCAUGCCGCUCAGUUGGCCAAUCAGGAAGAACUGCAAAAGAAAAUAGCCCACAAGCAACAAGAAUCGGCUAGGAGACACGGCGAAAAUAUUGAACACAUAAGACAGAGGGCUGUGGAGUCUUCUAUACUGAGGUGCGAGGAGGUUCCGCCAACUUUGAGGUCUUACCCAGCUCCGAAGCAGUGUUGUUUAUGCAUCGCAGCGAUAACCAACGAAGUGCAACUUCUGAGUCACCUUAAGAGCAAGGCGCACCUGGAGGCGGUUAGGAAAAUACACGAUGGUCGAGAACCGCCGAGAGACGAGAUGCAGCGGUUCAAUAUCGCCCAGAUACGCGAUGUUCCAACCUCCUCCCUUAACAACAACAACGCGAACAACAAUCCUGCGAACGAUACCAAGGCUGCCAAGGAGAAACAAAAGGCCUUGAAGCGUAGGUGCAGGAAAAUGAAGCAGAGAAUGGCUGCGAGGGGACAAGAAUGGGAAGACACCCAGACAGCCGAGACUGGAGGGCCUCAGACGUCCGUUGAAUCGGCGAACAAGGCCAAAUUUCGAAGGAAUCUCAAGGAAUUGGACAGACUUUGCCACAAUCAUGGAAAAACUGCAUGGCCAAGCGUCGCUGUUGCUGGACUGGAGCGCUGCGUCGGCGAGAUAUCGAGGGCCUUUAAUAAAUAUUGCGCUUCGGAUCAGAAUGCUUUCAAUUCUCUGAAUGGAUUCGCUACAUUGACGAACCUGCUCAACCUUGGACUGAAUGUACAAAAUGCAGGACAUUGUCUUCCCAACAAGAGCGUCGUGUCUGUUUGCAAAGUCUACAAAGCAGCUGUUCACGGACAUUUGGGCAACAUCGAAGUCGUCUUAUUGGGCAACAAGAUCCUCGUCAUUCUCGACCUUCUUCUCCAGUGGUUAGAGGCAGCUACCGGAUGCGAUAAUAAUGCUCACACGCCGAACCACGAAUCGAACAAUAAUUCGACCGGAAGUGGUCAAGUGGCGACAGCGGUGAUGCAGCUUAUCUCAAGCCUCUUUGUCCAGGAGGUGAUUUCCGUACCGGACAAACCAUUCAUUCAUAGUCGUCUUCAGGAGGUCAUUGGAUACUUAGUGGCCGGUGGUCUAGUCGAACGAGUGUCACGUCACAGUCGUUCCUUGAUCGAGACUGACGUCUUCCAAGACCAGGAGUACGAGGCACCAUUGAUGGUUGCCUCCUUCGAGCUUCUCUCCAGGGUCUGUUGUCACCUGUGUCGGUGUUCAGGCCAGGAACACAAUGCUCAGGGUGCGGAGGGUGGUGGACCCGGGGAACAAACCUCCGCCCGUAAUCACCUCCUAGUAAGUCUUGCGGCGACUGAAGGGGCGGGAGCAGUAGGAGUUCUGUACGCCGCUCUCGUACUGUCUGGACACAGUCUUCAGAAGAGCUCUUCACCCACCCCAAACCAAACCACACUGUCAACACCAGCCAGGAAUCUUGCACUCCGGGCUCUCACUCUACUCAGGCACUUUGCUGAGAUGGAUUUGCCCAAGAUGCAGGAAUUCCUCGGCGCUGAAGCAACUAGUCUACAAUUUCGUCUGAUCGCUAGUCAUCUGAUCGGACGAAUGUCUCGAGAGUCACACACUGCUGAGAAACAGGAUGCCGACAGCAGGCUGAUAUUGUCCGAGCUUUUCUCCGUCCUUGGAUACUUCGCCGUCAACAACCGGGAGAACCAGAUCGUACUACAGUCCGGUGCUGCCGGAUCCAGUGUGCUGCAGCAGCUCUGCUCUCUGCCAUUUCCGUUCUACGGAGAUCCACGAUUAUCAUCGUUCACGUUACCAACAUUACUGGCAGCUACUCAUCGCAAUCCAGAAGCAACGGCCGUUCUCUCAUGCGAGUUGUCCUACCAGCUACUUGAAGAAUACCGCAACUCCGACGAAGGGAAGCAAAAUCCUCUGGUCCGUCUGUUGAUGCGAAAUGAACACUCGGAAUGAACGAUCCUUAUAUAAGCUGUGAUUAAUAUUAUCGAUUCAUUUUACUAAU